AACCAGAAGAUGGGACUCUUCACGUAUUUCAGUCUAUGCCUUCUGGGCAUCCUGGUCUCCAACCCUUUCCUGGGAGCUGAGGCCGACACCUGCGCCAGGGAGUGGCUGCAAAACCAGGGCAACUGCUAUGCAUAUUUCGACAAUAAGUUGAGCUGGCACGAGGCUGAGAUUGAGUGCCAGAGCUAUGGCCGUGGGGCCCACCUCGCCUCUGUCCUCACCAAAGCAGAGACUCUCUUGGUGGCCGAACACAUCUCCACUUACCAGCAAGAAAUAAGCGACGUCUGGAUUGGGCUCCACGAUGUCCGUCAGACCCGGAAAUGGAGGUGGGCUGAUGAAUCCACCUACAAUUACAAGUCCUGGAUGAUAAACCAGCCAGACAACUACCGCAAUGCUGAACACUGUGUGGAGCUGCGUCGAUCCACGGACUUUAAGCAGUGGAACGAUGCUCAGUGCAAGAAACGCAAUGCCUACAUCUGCAAGCACGAACUCUAGAGAAGACUGGAGUUUUCCCUUUGGGCUUGCUGGGAUGUGCCUGGUUCAACUGCAGCGAGAGAGAUCUGCCAUUCAACACACCCUCCAACCACCUCCAUUCAAAACAUGCAUCUCAGAAGAAUUAUCUUGUGUGGGC